UUCCUAAGCUGCUUACUCCCUAUGCAGUAACCAGAGGCAGGCAAAGCCAUCUGCCAAAAAUAUGUUUAGAACCAUCUCUCGUAUUCGCCAUAUACAAUCAUUGCUCAGCCCCAAAUCCCUCGUUUAUACUACAUUAACCAACCAUAUCCCAGGCUAUGACACCCAUCCCAGUCUACUCAGCCCUUCAAAUUCCUUUUUCGAAAGCCCAAAGUUGCAUUCUUUUCUCUCAACCCUUUCUUUUCCAUUUUCAAGUUCUCAGAUUCUUCAGCGACGCCAUCAAGAUGGAGAGUCUAUUGAAAACAAUGAGCUUGUUAGCCGCCCUCCCAAGCUCUUCGUGGUUCAGCCGCGGUUUCGGCCUGAACCCGUUUUGCAAUGGAAGCUUGAAGAGGCUUUGAACCUCGCGAAUUCGCUGGAAGAACAGAGAGAUGGUUACUACGACACCGAGUUUUCGGAGAAAGAGUUGCCCCCUCAUGUUGUGGUGCAGAAUCCGAUUGACCGAUCACCUCGUGCUGAUACUUAUUUUAGGAAAGGAACAGUGGACACAGUUAAAUGCCAUCUAUAUGCCUUGGACUCGAAGGACGAGGUGGAUGCUAUAUUUGUGAAUGCAAGUCUUUCGGGCAUUCAACAGAGGAAUUUGGAGCGUAUUUGGGGCAAACCUGUUUUAGAUCGCGUGGGUCUGAUCAUAGAGAUCUUUAAUGCUCAUGCACAGACAAAGGAAGCAAAGCUACAAGCUGAGUUAGCAGCUCUUAUGUACAAGAGAUCAAGGCUUGUCCGUGUUCGUGGUCCUGGUGGGCGCUAUACAUUUGGCGGAGCUGGUGAAGCAGAAGUAGUCAGUGCCAGAGGGAGAGGAAGUGGGGGGCGUGGUUUCAUUAGUGGUGCAGGAGAAACUGAACUUCAACUCCAAAGACGGAGAAUACUGGAGCGGCGGAGUCAAUUGUUGUCUGAAAUUAAGGAGGUGCGACGGACACGAGCUGUGCAACGUGCUGCUCGUAAGAGGCAUGGAGGAUCAGAUGAUGAUGUCAUUGCUACUGUUGCUGUAGUUGGGUACACAAAUGCUGGAAAAUCUACCCUAGUUGGUGAGCUUUCAGAGAGUUAUCUUUACUGUGAUGACCGAUUAUUUGCAACAGUUGACCCUAAAUUAAGAAGUGUAGUUCUUCCUUCUGGGAGGAAGGUGCUUCUUAGUGAUACAGUUGGUUUCAUAUCAGAUUUGCCCGUGCAGUUGGUGGAAGCAUUUCAUGCAACCUUGGAAGAGGUUGUUGAGGCCGACCUCCUUGUGCAUGUCCUAGACUCGAGUUCGCCAUUUCUCGAUGAGCAACGGAAGACUGUACUUCAAGUUCUUCGGCAAAUAGGAGUAUCUGAGGAGAAGCUUGCGAAUAUGAUUGAAGUUUGGAAUAAGAUUGAUCUUCAAGAUGAGGAAUUCCGGCGCGAUGAAUAUGGUGAGGAUGAAGAAGUUGGCGAUUUAUCAGAUGCAAAGGACGGUGAAAAUGUUUCUGACCAGUUGUCCGGACUGGAUGUUUCUGAAGCUGAUGAUGUAGAUGCAAAGGCUGAAUUGUCAGGGAAUUGUGAGGAGGGCCUGGAUGAUCAACAAGGUGAUUAUUCUGAUGGUUGGCUGUUAUCAGGAGAAGAACAAGAAUCACUGGUGGACUACGAAGGCUGUUCUGUGGGACAAGACACUCCGGAUAAUUUACGAAGUUUCACCUACAGGAGCUGGAGGAAUAGCAGAAAAGAUCCUCAAUUUGAUUUGGGACCCACUGCAUAUGUGAAAACAUCUGCCAUUAUGGGAGUUGGCUUGCAAGAGUUGCUGGAGCUGAUUGAUGAGAGGUUAAAGAUCCAGAACGAGAAAGUCGUGGAAAGGAGCAUCUUUGAUCGCAAAUGGAGGCCCCCUCGCUCAGAAGAUCCUAUAGCAGCUGAGCAAUAGCCAGUUGGCCAGGCAGGAUAGCUUCAUUUUGUCUUCCUGCAGCCGUAGCUGUGUUGCCAUUGGAUUAAUGCUACUAUGAUGAGUUCGGCCAGAUCAAAGAAAGCUGGGAAGCUGCAAGCUUAAAUCUUAAUUCAUGUGAUCCAGUUCUGGAAGAUAUAUAUAUAUAUAUAUAUAUAUAUAUAUAUAUAUAUGCAUGCUAAAGAAGAAUGACUUGGAGGAGGGGCACCAAAUCAAUGACGCUUAGCCUGCUGGAUUUCUUUCUACUUUGUUUUGGCCAUCAAAUCAGGAUCCAACAUCAAUUUUGGAUAGUAGCUAUCGCGGCAGCCAUAGAAACUCUCAUUGUGAAGAUUAUUAUACUUGUGUUGUUCCUCUCUUCACAGAUGAUGAUGUGCCAAUUCAUUAACAGAUACCAGGACGAAGUAGUAUAUACUCUACUUUGUUAUAUGGUAAAUAUUAAUAAAACUGAAAUCUGAAAUUUAAAGUCAUUAAUUUAUUGAAUUAAAA